AUGAUCACACUAAUAAGAAAAAAAUUCAAAUUCUUAGUAACAACAACUAAAUGUUGUUUUGAAAAUUUAGCAAAUGAAACAUUUUAUAAAAUAUUUGAAUAUCUUGAAUUGAAUGGUAUAUAUCAUGGAUUCUUUUAUCUUAAUAAUCGAUUUCAAAAUCUUCUUGUUAAUUUAAAUAUUCCAUUUCAAAUAAAUCUUUCAACAAUAUCAAAAUCUCAUUUUGAUCUUUAUAAUUAA